AUGAACUUGGAUCUAUGCAUACUGGCAUGUUCGUCAACAGACAAAACACAACAAUUAAAAAUGUCAGCACUUCAACCAUCUGUGGAACCCAUUCGAUUUAUUGGUCAGAAAUCAGAGAGUGGCAAUACACCAACAAUAAAUGUUCCAUUUAAAUCUAUUGUUAGUCAUGCAAUGGCAUCAACUAUUGUGGAUCCGUUCAGUAAUAAGAAUGAAGAUAUUCCCUUCUCUCUCUUUCUAUUUGGUGGUCAGAUAAAUAACAAAAGAAGUGACGGAAUGUUUGAGUGUCGUAUUGAAAAGAUGGUUGCCUAUGAUGAGAAGGAAGUUCAAGAUUUAUUAUUGGAAACAAAAGUUGCCAAUAAUUCAAUGUUGACCAUUACAGAAUUUAUCACUUGUGAGAAGAGGGAUGGUUGUUGGCCAUCUGCUCGAUCUCAUCAUCAAAUGGUUUAUAGACCACCUAAUGAUGAACAUAUUGAUGGAAGUUUGGUUUUAUUUGGUGGACAAGAUAGUCAAUUUAAAGCACUUGGAGAUUUAUAUGAAUUUGAUAUUCAUACUAGAGAGUGGAAACAAAUAGUUGAACAAUCUGGUCAAUUGUGGCCUACUCGUAGACAUGGACAUUCAAUGAUAUAUAGACCUAGUAAGGACAGUCUUGUAAUUUUGGGAGGUGUUGAUACACUAAACAGAACUAUUUUUGAACCAUUCGAAUAUCUAUUCCCUGAAAAAAAAUGGAAAAAGAUUGAAUUAAUAGCCAAGACUGGUAGUGCACUCUCCCUGACAAGCACUUCCUCUAUUGAUCCACUCUGUUUAAGGCCUCGUGCUAAUCAUUCUGCUGUUUUGUACAAUGCUCAAAAUUCAAGAUUUGUUCAAUUUCACACUUUGAACAAUGCAGAAACUGUUGAGGAUGGAACUCAAGAUGUUAUGAUUAUAUUUGGAGGUAAUAAUGAACAGGAUUAUUACAAUGACAUGUUUUCUAUCAAUCUUGGUACUUUGAACGUCGAUAUUAUUAUGAGUUCGCAUCGUAUUAAUGUCUAUCCUCGAAUGAAACAUACGUGCAUUAUUACACGAGGUGAAAAGGCCUUGGUUAUUGGUGGAAACAGAAAAGCCAGAUAUGAUGAAAUGAAAGUCGUCUCUGGAAAGACUUCAAAAUCAUUCUUCAUGAGUGUUUUGGGAAGUAUAGCACCAAAAUCCAGCAUUGAUGCACCAAUUCUCAAUGGAAUGGUAGCCAGAAAUUUAAUUACCGAUUUUACUGUUAAAAAUCAAGAAGCAGAACUUGAUUUUAAUGACAUUUCACAUCAUACCACAUGCAGUGUUUCUCCUUCAUGCUUUAUCUUUGUUGGUGGUCAAUUCAAUAAUGUUGGCGAAAAGAUGACCACCAAUACAAAGAAUGACAAGAUUUGGGUUUGCAAUUUGGGUCAGUACUCUGAAACUAUUGAAAAAUUACAGAAUGCUGAACAAAAGAAAGAAUUUGGAAAGGAGUUUUACAGAAGAAUGCUAGACAAUUUGGGAGAGUAUGGACCUAUCGGAUAUGAUUUGAGAGUUAACGUACUCAAUGAAAAGACGUUCCUUGUUCACAAAUUUAUGCUCUCCAGAUUUGAAUAUUUUAGAAAGCUCAUCAAAGAACACUCCUCUCAUCAAGUUGGAGGCAUUGUUGAGAUACCAAUUUCUGAUGCUUCAGUUGAUACAAUCAGUAAUGUCAUUGACUACAUUUAUGGUAUUGAACCACCAGUUUUUAGCAAUCCAGAAGAAGUCCAAAUCCUGACCAAAUAUUGUGAGAAACACUCUAUGGGAUCAAUUGUCAAAUAUACUCAUGGAAAGGUUUAUCUCCAAAGAUCGGAUUAUGAAUCCUACUUGCCAGAAAUUCAAUUACUUUUAUUCUUCAAGAGAGUGUACAUGGGAGAAUUCCCUGAAUUGCAUCAAUAUUUCAAUUCUACUGUUCGUCUAAUUACUCAAGGUGAAAAUGCAGAAAACACCAAUAUUGAUAUUCAACUUCCUUUGCAAAUUCUUGUAAAUAAUGAUUUUUUCCAUGGAUGUUUAAGAGACUUGUAUAUCAAACACAAACUGCACGGUCAAGAUUCUCAAAAUUACAUUAUUGAAAUUGAUAAUUCAAUUUUCCCAUUCCUCGACACUAGCUAUUUUCCAAUUAUUGAAAGAUAUAUUGCCACUCUCUAUCAGGCACCAGUUCAUAUUUUUAGCUCUGAAGGAGAAGCUGUAGUUUCACAACUCAUUCAAUUAUAUUUGGUCAGUAAUUUAUUGAGUGAUACAUAUAUGGAAGUAUUGAUUAUGGACUCAAUCAAGAGAAGAAUUUCAUUUGAAAAUGCAUUCCAAUUGUUAUGUUUUGCUUAUCAACAUCAAUCACCUAAUGAAGUUGUAUUCAUUUACAAUGAAUGUAUUCGAAAGUUGAAGGAAGUUAUUCCGUUGGAAGAUGUGAACAAAAUAAUCAAUUUCCUCAAUCAAGAAUACGCCAAACAAUUUGAUAUUUAAUAAUAAACAUGUAGCAUUUCCAUAAU